UCCCAAAACAUUGCAAGGGGGAGGAAUAAAACCACAGGAGCAGCGCCGGGAGGCUGUGCACGGCGCUGACAGUCAGUCACCAUGCUGGGGGCAGCGAGAAUCAUCCUCUUUCUCGGCACUCUCAUCCUGGCAGUGGAUGUGAUCAUGGCGAGAAAAAAUGCUCUUCAUGAUUUUUUGAAAACAUCUGGAUUUAUAUUGAUCAAGAAAUCCCUGCCGCAGAAGUCUAAACAGAUGAAUUCCAUUGAACAAUGUGCAAAGCGAUGUGUAAAACACAAAGGAUUUGUUUGCAGGUCAUUUUUUUACGCGAAGAGUGAGAAGCGAUGCUAUUUGCUAUCAUUUAAUAGCAAAACCAAGGGAGUAAAAGGAAAGCAAAUUGCAGGACGUGAUCUUUAUGAGAGAAAAGAUUACAUUAGAGAAUGCAUUAUCGGGAAAGGGAACAACUAUCAGGGUACAAAGUCAGUGACGGAAAGUGGCCAGACGUGUCAAUACUGGAAUUCCACAAUCCCUCAUGACCACAGGUUUUUGCCUUCAAAUGACCGGAAUAAGGACCUGCAGGAAAACUAUUGCAGGAAUCCAGCUGAUGAUGAAGGAGGUCCGUGGUGUUUUACAAUGGAUCCAAAGAUACGGCUGGAAAGCUGUGCAAUUCCACAAUGUUCUGAAGUUGAAUGCAUGACGUGUAACGGGGAAGGUUACAGAGGCCCCAUGGACCACACGAUGUCUGGAAAGGAAUGUCAACGAUGGGACCUGCAGAAGCCACAUAAACAUAGAUUCCGUCCUGAACGAUUUUCCGAUAAAGGGCUUGAUGACAAUUAUUGCCGAAAUCCAAAUGGCCGUACCAAGCCAUGGUGCUACACACUUGACCCUGAUAAACCGUGGGAAUACUGUGCAAUUAAGGAAUGUGUCCAUAAUUGUGAUCAUGACAUGGAGAUGACCACCAAAUGUUUCAAGGAGCUCGGGGAGGGUUACAGAGGGACAGUGAACACCACCCCUUCCGGAAUCCCCUGCCAGCGGUGGGAUUCACAGUCUCCUCAUCGUCACAGCUUUGUUCCUGAGGACUAUAAAUGCAAGGACCUGAACAAAAAUCACUGCAGGAACCCUGACGGAGCAGAAGCCCCCUGGUGUUUCACGACGGAUCCUGAGAUUCGAGUAGCCUACUGUUUUCAUAUCCCACGAUGUGAGGAUACAACCCCACCGUCUGAAGAGUGUUACCAGGGUACUGGAGCCGCCUACAGAGGAACUGUGGCUCAAACUCGGGCUGGUUUAUCAUGUGCACCGUGGGUGAAUUAUGCCCAGAUUUUCGAAAGAACCAUACCGCAUACUAACUCUGUCAGCCUUGUGAAGAAUUACUGUCGCAAUCCAGAUUCGGACAUACAUGGCCCCUGGUGUUACACUAAUGAUCCUCUCACCCCGUGGGACUACUGUGCCAUUGAGCCUUGCGACAAGAGAGCCAAUGUGCCCUCAACAGUUCAAUCUCCAGCCAACACUCAAUGCCUACGAAUAAAGGCAGCGACAAGGAUAGUCAAUGGAUUUCGAGCAAAGGCAGGAACAUCCAGCUGGAUGGUCAGCCUGCGGCACAGAGACGUACAUUUCUGUGGAGGGUCGCUGAUCGAAGAAGACUGGGUUCUCACAGCCAAGCAUUGUUUCUCCACAUGUAAACCGGAUUUAAGAGGAUAUGAAGCUGUGAUGGGAAUCCUCAAAGAUGACAAACGUGAAGAAUCCCACAAACAAGUGAUGGGAAUUUCUCAGCUGGUCUGCGGCCCAGAGGGAUCCAAUCUCGUGAUGUUGAGGUUAUCCAGGCCGGUGAAAUCUACCUACCAUGUCAACAGAAUCAGUCUACCAGCGUCUGGAUGUGUAAUACAAGAAGGUGUCUACUGCAAUAUUUCUGGAUGGGGAGAAACUAAAGGUACAGGUUAUGAAGGUGAACUAAAGAUAGCCCAGAUCCCUAUCGUUGGGACUAAGAAAUGCAAUGAGUACCAUCAGGGAAAAAUCCAAAUUAAUGAAACUGAAAUCUGUGCCGGUGAAGAAGAGGGAACUGUUGGUACAUGUGAGAGGGAUUACGGAGGUCCUCUGGUCUGUGAAGAAGGUGGCCAGAAGCUACUACAAGGUGUUAUAAUUCCUGGCCGAGGUUGUGCAAAACCUAAGCGUCCUGGAAUUUUUGUGAGGGUGUCAUACUACGUCUCGUGGAUAAAUAAAGUGGUUAAGAUGUACAGAAGAAAUAACCAUGCAAGGAGAUGAAUGUACUGUAUGUCACAGAAAUCCUGUAUGAUUAAAUAUGUAAUUUAUCAACUGAAGAGUUAUAUUGCUGCAGAUACUUGCCAAGUCUUGCAAUCCUUUUCCUGAUGAAUGAUUUCUCUGACUGUUUGCGGCCGAUUAUGUCUGUGUGUGUUUACCAGUUGGAAUGGUCACUGGGCAAACCAAAGGUGUAAUAUGAUGACUCGUGAGAAACGAUUGAAGUGUUUUAUGCAACUAUGCAGUAUGUAAUUGUAAAUCUUCUGCUGCACACUUGGUAAGGCUGCCUACUCUGUCGUGGAAAAAUAAUUCAGUAACUUCUACAAAACAAUUAAUGCUUUAAUUCAAGCCGAUUUCUUGGAUAUUCCUCAGUCUCUACUGAUUCACUGAGAUUGUGCCUGUGUCAGAAUGAAAAUGUCCAAAUGAUGUGUCCUGGAUCACCCUUGUAAAUGGGCUGCAAACAAAACACCUUUUACUGCUCCACUCAAGAUGUGGGUUGUAGAGAACCUUAAUUCCUUACAUGUCUGCUGGUCAGGCGUGGAUAUUAUUUUUAACCCAGGUUGUAUUAGGGAAGGUGAACGAAACCUAAAAAAAUGACCCAACGUCAGCAUUCCCUUUGUUAGAGCAAUGGGGCUAUGGUAAAAUAUCCACAGAGCUCCCUACAUCAGCCAUUUGUUUGACUGCUAGCCAAUAAUUUUCUCCUGAUCGGUAAGACUGCCAUGACGUAUAUCAGAGAAUCCUGAACACUGUUUAUUCUCAACCGACUGCUCUUUCUCUGAUCCCGAUUAACAUUUCAAAAUUGUUUAACUGAUGGAAAGAAAAAUACUUUGCAGCUCAUCAACUAGAUAAGAGUGCUCAAAGUGCUGGAGUAGCUCAGCUGGUCAGGCGGCAGUUCUGAACAAGGAUUUCCAGUGGCGCUGCGAGUUGGCUGCCUCGCCUGCAGUGGGUUCAUGUUUCGACUUUUUUUGGUUUUUUUAAGUUUGUCCAAAAGUAUGUUUUAGUAAUUCUCUGCAUGUGUUGUGGGGUUAUGGGGGGGGAAUAGGGGGAAACCGUUUUCAGGCACCUACCUCGACGGAGAGGCGACUUUCUUCCUUGUCGCUUCUUCGACCAACUUGCAGCUGGUUUGGUGCGGCCUUUCCUGGAGUCAGGCCCAGAGCUUCAGCAGUGGCGCAGCGGGGACUGUAACAUCGCGGACCCCCUUGCCGGGGGUCGCCGGAGAAGCACUCUGACCGCUGGCCUGCAGCCUACAAAAUCUGGAGGCCACGGUCUGUGGAGCUUCUGGCGACAGGCGUGGAGUGGACUUUACUUACCAUCGUGGAGUGAGCGACCCCUCGCUGGGGGUCGCCGGAGACGAGCUCCGACUGCUGGCCUGCGGCCCACAACAUCUGAAAGCCGCGGUCUCCGGUAAGGAGGUGGACGAUUUGGGAGCUCCAGGCCGCAGGUUGUGCUUGACCUGCCCCAACGUUGGCGUUCUGACCAUCCCGACCAGAGGGCUUGAACAUCGUGCCGUUCGUAACGGUGACUACGGAGGGUCAGGGCCCUGACCACGGGUGAACAAGGGAGGAGGAGGACUGUCUGAACUCUAUUGCCUUCUACCACUGUGAAUAAUGCUGUGGUGGGUGUCUGUGUUGAAUUAUGUUGUUUAUUGUUUCUUUUUUAAUUGUAACGCUGCAUGGUAGAUUCAUUUCACUGCACCUUAUGGUUGCAUGUGACAACUAAAUUUGAACUUUGAACAAGAUCGGGAGGUGACAUUUUGGGUCAGGACCCUUCAUCAGACAGUCAAGGCCCCACCUGAAAGAUCACCUAUCGUGCACUCCAGAAAUGCUGCCUGACCUGCUGACUAGCACUUUGAGUCUUUUUUUGUAAACUAGCAUAUGCAGUUCCUUGUUUCUACAUUAGUUAAACAAGCUUACAUUGUGCAAACUGAUGGAACUUUAAAGGUUGCCAAUGUUCAAGUUUCAUUUGUUUAAGAAAGAACUGCAGAUGCUGUCUGAAGAAGGGUCUCGAUCCGAAACGUCACCUAUUCCUUUGCUCCAUAGAUGGUGCCUCAUCCGCUGAGUUUCUCCAGCAUUUUUGUCUACCUACAAGUUUCAUUUGUUCUUCAUUGUCAUUAUAAUUACAUUUGUUUCUUCUUUUCCAUGUUUUGCCCAUUAGGGAGCUAGUUUGAGGAUCGAAUGGACAUGACUUACUGUUUAACUUUCUAUCUUUAGUCUAUGAUUCAUUUUCAUUAGUAUAGAGAACGUUAAACAUUUCUUGAAAUGCAAAAAAGAACUAAAUGCUGUGACUGCUUGAGUUGGAUACUUUUCACUAGACUGCAAUGGCAAAUCCAACUGCGACAAGAUGUAGAACUGUGUUGAUAAAGACAAAAAGACCACAAAUGCUGGACAUCUGAAAUAAGAACAGCUGGAGAAUCUUUAUAGUUCUAACAACAUCUGUGGAUCUUCUUCAUCUUGCAUAUGGCAUGCGUAGCCUAAAGUUGUAGGACAACUUGUUCUAUUUGAUCUUAUUUGAUUGUGCACUUGAUUGCAUUCGUGCCAACAGGGCAGACCACGUGAAGGUUGCAAUCUCCUACCCCCAUCUGUGGAGCAAGAAGCAGAGUUAAACCCCUGUCCCACGGUAUGAGUUCAUUCCAAGAGUUCUCCCGAGUUUGCCCUGACUCGGAGAUUUACGUUAAUGGCCACUCGUCGGUACUCGGGGCUCUUGUGGACAUUUUUCAUUAUGUUGAAAAAUCUUCACGAAUCUUCCCAUGCUUACCUGCCGUUAGCGAAUUUUCCCGAGUACCUGGCGUUAGCGCUAAGAGACGUCCCCGAGCUCCGACGUACCCGCUAAGUUCAUUCUCCGUGCUUACCAUGAGUUUGAUUAUUCUUUUUAACGCAGGGGAGCUCUUGGAAUGAACUCGUACCGUGGGACAGGGCUAUUAAAGUUUCAGAUCAGUGACUUUUUUAUUAUCUGCACUAACUUGUUUCUUUUAUAGACAGUAGGCAAUAGACAAUAGGUGUAGGAGUAGGCCAUUCGGCCCUUCAAUGUGAUCAUGGCUGAUCAUCCCAAAUCAGUACCCCGUUCCUGCCUACUCCCCAUAUCCCCCGACUCCGCUAUCUUUAAGAGCCCUAUCUAGCUCUCUCUUGAAAGUAUCCAGAGAACCGGCCUCCACUGAGGCAGAGGAUUCUCACAACUCUCUCUGUGAAAAAAUGUUUCCUCGUCUCCGUUCUAAGUUAUUCUAAAUUAUCCAUUAUUCUUAAUCUGUGGCCCCUGGUUCUGGACUCCCCCAACAUCAGGAACAUUACCAUAGAAAAUGCUCCAACUGCUGCGUAUUGCCAGCGGUUCAUGUUAUUUUGUUGUCGAGUUCUAUGUAUUGUUCUAUUAUAGAACAAUGCAUCUGCAUUGAGGUGAACUGCGAUGUUUUUAGAACAGCUGUGCAGAAACUUUGUGUAAAUAUUAGCAUUAAGAUCAUUUUGGAUUUUGGGUGCCCUCUAUGUUAAAACAACAAAGGGAGCAGAUCCAAACUAUGCAAAUGUAAAGGUCCUAUAUUAAAUGCUUAAUCCUCAAUUAAACUCUCAUAUGCUGACCUGAGUCGGGGCAGCAAGCCUAGUAUUGAAAUUUGCCCAAAUUUGGAUUGACCAGGAGGAAGUUGCUCAAAGUGACCCAUUGUUGAUUCAUUCAUUGCAGUAUAUGAAAAGAUGGGUCUUGCAAUGUCUGAAAGACAAAGGCCCUCUACAAACCUGCCCUAGGUACACCACACUACCCUCCAACAAUACAGAUUUAAGGCAAGACUCGAAAAGAUGGACCACUUCCCACAUCUUGGGAAGCAUCUCUUGGCAAAGCCAGACUUCAUUGAUGAUAUCCACUGUCACAUUCAAACCACCAGCAACAUUUCUAUGCUGAGAGGUUAUUUGAAAACUGCAACCUCAUGAUCAUCUGGGUGGCCCAAAUCCCUGUCUUCAGAAUGCUUCGGUGAUCUUGAUUACCUUCAGCAGAUAUCUCAAUGCACUGGAGAGAUGCCAUCAAUCCAAUCUCUGCACAAUUACCCCAUUCCAUUUGAAGGAUAUUAGAACUGACAUUCGUGACCCCUUCCUGCCAACAUCACCAGCAUCGAGGCCCUGGUUACACUCGGUCAGACACACCACUCACUUACUCGAUACCAAAGUCCCAAAGCAGGAACUUCAUUCCACUCUGGGUUGUGGGACGAGGUAAACGGGUAGAUAGUGGAAUGGAAGUGGAAUGCAACAGCUCCAUUGACUGCAUCACCACACAAAGUGGAGAAGGAAUCUUGAGCCUAUGCACUGAGGUAUGUCCAUAAGUGGAGAUAGGAAAUCACCACCUCAGUUUAGUUUAUUGCAAACCACCCACUUAUUCAGCCCGUUGGGCACCAUCUUCCCCCUUUGUGGAAAGGUCUGUGGUUCCCAUUAGUCAUCUUGAAACCCACAAAACCCACUUCUAAACCAUCCUCGAAACCAAAGUAUUGCCUCAGAAGAAAGAAAACAUAACAAUUACCAAGUUUCUCCUUUACCUGCUUGUUGAUAGCAGUACUUUAAAUGACCUUGUACAUUGAUGAUAUGUUUCUUCAAGUAUUGUUUGCUAUUUUGCCUUGAAAAUAUAUUUUUCUUAACUAUGCAGUUGCAAUUUACAAAGAACUGGUUUCUUUUGUCAAAGAGUGUAUAAGAUGAAAUAAAUAAUGUUGAAGAUAUUUUGCUUGCCUUUCUUCUCUCACUCCGUUUCCCAGUUCCUGGUGGAAAAAAAACAUGCAGGCAGGCAGGCUCUUGGGACGAUUUGAUGCACAUGUAAAAUUUUUGUUCUUUUAUCUGAUUUUGUCAGUCUUUGGAAUCCUGCUUGCAGAUUCCAAAAAUGUGCUGCUGAUGUUCAUAUUUUAGUGUAGUAAUGUAAAUGAAUCCUUGAAGGAGAGACAUUGCUGCCCAUUCCACUCUGGAGUUGAGAGGGUGGGGAGAGGGGGGUCUUGAACUUGAGAUCCACAAUACCUGUUUAAUACUGAUGUGCAAUAGAAAAUGCAAAAAUGUCCCAAAAUUGUUGAUUUUGCCAAGGAGUGCAAAUAUUGUGAUGUUACUGGCCGAAUGAGGUUGCUGUACAAAACCUCCAUCAUGCUCUAGCCGCUCGACUUAAAAUUAACUUAAUGUUUGAAAAAAUAAUUGAUUUUAUUUUAAACUUGAGAGGGAAAUUUGGGCUUUUUUUAAAUCACACUGUAUUUUCCUCUAUGGCACUUUCGUAGAUUAAACCCAUUGCAAAGAAAAGCUGCUUGCAUUGCAUGUUAUACUAAUAUUUACAAGAUCGAAUGCACAAUAAUGCUGUUUUUUGAGACUCGUGAAGACCAUCCGUGUUGCACAAUUCUGUAUACAAUUAUUAACGUUAAAUAAUUUUUGAAUUGCACAUUCUGCAAAUAUUUAAAUACAACUUUGGUUUCUUCUGUUGAGCAGGAGGAGCUUAACCAUUUAUCCAAAGAGAGUAUUUGUACUACAUCAAGCUAAAGUGACCAUAAUAGUCGGCCAAAUCAACACUGAUUUGUCCAGAUAGCCCUUCAUUUUAUCUUCUGUCUUGAUCCGAAAGCUGAUUGAUUUAUGUGUUGUGCUUUUCAAAAAUGAACCACACAU